AUGGCUCUGCGACACAGAAGAUACACAUCCUCAGCCCCUCUAGUAGUAGUGCGAAUUCAAUUUGAUCAUGUGGCAUUAAUUGUCAACUGGAACACUCUGAAGAUUGAUGUGGCUUGGGGUGUUGAAGAUGAGCUGAAGAAGCUUAAAAACACCUUGGAGAUGAUUGCGGCUGUAACUUCUGAUGCUGAGAACAAGCAAGUCAACAGCGCUUCUGUUCGACUUUGGUUAAGAUGGCUCAGAGAUGUUGCGUAUGAUGCUGAUGACGUUUUGGAUGAGUUCUCUUAUGAGGCUAUGCGUCGAUCCGAAAUCCACCGGAGAAGAGAUCAGGUACUAGAAUUCUUUUCAUCCUCCAGCGCUCUUUCCUUCCCUAUUAAGAUGGUUAAUAAAAUUAAGGCUAUUAACAAAAAACUAGAUGAAAUUACUAGUACCAUGGUCAAGUUUGAGUUGCAAACAUCUGAUCCUGAUGAUGAUCUAAGAAGUACUGAGAAACAAGACCGGAAACAUUUCACUUUGUAGAUGAGUUGAAAAUUGUAGGAAGAUACGAUGAUAAGUCAGCCAUAGUAAAGAUGCUACUAACCCUCGACACAUCAUCUGUAAGUUCUAGCCGACAAGAAAUGUUUCCGUCAU